AUGUUCGCCAAACCACGAGUAAAGAAAAGCAUUCUCCCGCUUCCGAGCAGGAAGCGGAAAAAUACUUCGGAAGUGGAAGAAGUGAACUUCGAUAAUGACGCUCGCCAAGAAUACUUGACUGGUUUUCACAAGCGAAAGCAGCAGCGCAUAAAAAAUGCACAGGAAACAGCAGCAAAGCGAGCGCGCCAAGAGAAAUUGGAUACACGCAAACAGGUGCGAGACGAACGACGCCAAGAAAUGGAAGACCAUGUUCGCCGCAUCAACGAAAUGUUAAAAGCAUCCCUUGCUGCGACUGCCGAAGACGACAGCAAGUCCGAAAAUGACCAAGGCGAGGAGUGGGAUGGGUUUCCCGAUCAGCCCGAGUUAGAUAUUGUCGACCACGAGGAGGAAUACAUAGACGAAGAUCGGUACACAACUGUAACGGUUGAGAGCGUAUCAGUGUCUCGCGACGGUCUAUCGAAACCUGAGCUACUGAGCGAAAACGACGAGAGCAAACCUGAAGGCGAGGAGGAGGUUGGAGGCCAAGAAGAGAAUGAAGACAAGAAAUCGAACCGAAGGGCUCCAAAGCCCAAAAAGAAGCAAUUCCGUUACGAAUCAAAAACAGAAAGAGAUUUCGAGAACCGGAAACAAAGAGCAAGGAACAAAGCCAAACGAGGCGUAUGA